AUGGAGGAAGUGAAGUCGCUCGUGCACCAGCGCGGCCAGGUGAAGGCCAGCGUUACCACCAUCGUCAAAGCAUUGGAGAAGGCGGAGGAUGAUCCGCGUCAGUGUUCCGAUUUCCGUAAGCUGUCGGUCCCAGACCGUAUCGCAAAGGUGAAAGAGUCUCGAGUUUGUUUCAACUGCCUUCGCCGUGGGCAUCGUUCGAUUAACUGUCCGUCUAAGAGCAACUGUUCCAAAUGUCACAAGCGUCAUCAUUCCCUUCUACACGAGGAAGUUCAGAAGGUUGAGUCCGUCGAACGCGCGGAACCAAAGCCGCAAGAGCAGAGUGUUUCAGUUCAGUCAUCAUCGUCUCCUCCACAGCAAUCGUCCACCUCAGCCAGUUCGGUAUCCACGAAUGUUGCCUCGACUUCUUGUUCAGCUGUUUUGCCAAAUGUGUUGCUUCUUACAGCUGUCGUAAAUGUAAUCGAUAAAAACGGAAGUGCCGUUCAGUGUCGUGCGUUUUUGGAUUGCGGGGCUCAGGCAAAUCUCUUGUCCGUUUCGAUGUACCAGAAAUUGGGCAUCGACAGUACGCCGGUCAGCGCGGAUAUUGUCGGCGUAAGCGGGGCGCGAAGUAAGUCAACUCAGUUGGCCGAAGUUAACGUCCAGUCACUGUACUCCGAGUACAGUUCAUCCUUGAAGUGUUUGGUCACGCCCAAAAUCACGAAUGCUCUUCCGUCCAAGGCCGUCAAUACGUCUGAUUGGAAAAUUCCGUCCGGAUUUCCGUUGGCUGAUCCGAAGUUUGGAACCCCAGCCGACAUCGAUCUACUGAUCGGUGUUACCGAGUUUUUCCGAGUGUUGAAACCAGGCCAUUUGAUCAUUGGUGAUGGUCUUCCAGAAUUGCGUGAGACGGAGUUGGGUUGGGUCGUCGCUGGAGAGAUCCAAGACGAAUCAUCAGUUGUCGUAAAUCCUCUACAAGUGAAUUCCGUAACAGUUGAGUCUCUUAACGAUGCAAUUAAGCGAUUUUGGGAAAUCGAAGAAGUCGAUGUUCAGUCUGCUUCUUCUACGGAGCAGCAGGAGUGUGAGGAACUGUUCCGUCAGUCGCACCAAAGGGAUUCAAACGGUAGAUUUGUAGUGAAACUCCCAUUCCGAAGUAAUCUGCACCUGCUUGAGGAUAAUAGGUCGAUGGCUCUCCGCCGGUUCCUUUUCCUAGAAAAGCGUUUACGUAAACAGCCGGACUUGCAAGCCCAGUAUUCGGCCUUCAUCGAAGAGUACGAGCGUUUGGGGCAUUGCAAGGAGAUCCGUGAGAUCGAAGACCGUCCUGGUAUGAUGAAAUAUUACAUGCCUCAUCAUGCCGUGCUUCGACCCGACAGUUCAAGCACCAAACUAAGGGUUGUCUUUGAUGCAUCAGCUAAGUCGUGUUCCUCAGCCGCAUCACUGAACGAUGUGCUGCAGGUCGGUGCUACUGUGCAGAGCGAUCUGUUCAGUAUUUUGCUGAGAUUCCGAAUGCAUCGUUUCGUGUUUACUGCUGACAUUACUAAGAUGUACAGACAGGUUCGUGUCCACCCUGAUCAAACGUCCGUCCAACGUAUCUUUUGGCGUUCGAAUCCUACAGAGAGGCUAAGGGUUCUUGAGCUGCAGACUGUGACAUACGGUACAGCUGCAGCUCCGUUUUUGGCCACUCGGUCAUUGGUACAGCUGUGUGAGGACCAGGGGCCUGAGUUUCCGUUAGCAGCUCGCAUAGUAGUUGAGGACUGUUACGUAGACGAUGUUAUUUCCGGUACCGAUACAAUCGAAGAAGCUGUUGAAAGCUGCCACCAGCUGCAAGCUCUCCUAGGAAAGGGUGGUUUUCCAGUACACAAGUGGUGUGCUAACAAUGAAAUGAUUUUGGCUGACAUUCCCGAAUCCGAACGUGAAAAGCUGCUUCAACUUGAUCAGCUAUCGGCCAACGAGGUCAUUAAGACUCUCGGAUUGAUAUGGGACCCGAUCAGUGACGAGUUUCUCUACGCUAUUGACAAUUCUCCAUCAGAACCUACUCCGGUAACCAAAAGACAGGUUUUUUCGAAAUGUGCAAGGCUGUUUGACCCGGUUGGUUUUCUGUCGCCCGUCGUUGUUUUGGCAAAACAACUGAUGCAGCGAACAUGGUUGGCCAAAAUGGAUUGGGACUCUCCUUUGGAAGGAGAUUUGUUGGCUGAUUGGCAGCGAUUUUGUGAAUGCUUGAAGGGCGUGAAUGAAAUCAAGGUUCCAAGAUCGGUGUUUUGUUUCCCCUACGUUGCUUUGGAAAUACACGGCUUCGCUGAUGCAUCCGGAUUGGCUUACGGGGCUUGUAUUUACAUUCGAUGUGUCAGCGCUGAGGGUGAAUGUAGCGUUCAGCUGCUAUGCAGUAAAAGUAAGAUAGCUCCCUUGCACGAUAUGACGAUUGCACGAAAGGAACUUUGCGCAGCACUGCUGCUGUCACGUUUGGUUCGCAAGGUGUUUCCGAUUCUUUCCGUUGACGUUUCUGUUCUCCAUCUGUGGUCAGACAGUCAGAUAGUACUUGCCUGGUUGCGUAAGUCACCCACAGUGCUUCAACCGUUUGUUCGGAAUCGUGUCGUUGAGAUUGUUCAAGAGAACCAACAUACCCAAUGGAGCUAUGUUCGAUCGAAGGAAAACCCCGCUGAUGUUGUCUCUCGGGGUCAGUCUCCCGAUGUUUUAAAGGGUAACGCGUUGUGGUGGAAUGGUCCAACGUUCCUUCACUCACAAGACUACGAACCAGCAGUGAUCGAGGAGAUUCGUGACUGCGAGCUCCCGGAAAUGAAGUCGUCUUGUUUGGUUCUUGUCAAUGUACUCAACGUCGACGAUCUUCCUCUUUUCAAGCGAUUUAGUAGUUUUCGGAAGCUCCAACGUGUUCUUGCUUAUGUCCAACGAUUCAUAAAGAAUUGUCGUGAAAAGGUCGUUGAAAAUCGCGUUAGGGAAGUUUUGCCUACAAUAUCCGAGCUCAGAACAGCUCUGCAUACGAUUGUAGUGCUGAUUCAACACGAGGCUUUGUUGGAUGAGGUGCAUCGCGUGGAGAACAAUGAACCAUGUAGGGUGGUCGUAUAUUUUACAUAUGGGCCAGGAGUCGAGCAAUGGGGUCUGAUCAGCAAAUUCUGUGAUGGAGAUAGACAAAGCCCCGUCGAUUUGGACACGCAGAAGGCGCAAACUGUAGCGGAUGGAAAACCUCUAGAACUUCUGAAUAUUUGCCAGAAUCCAACCAAAGUGCGAGUGUAUAACAAUGGUCACACAGUUGUUUUCAGCCUCACGUAUCCAGCUUCAAAAGGUGUGAUGCUGCGAGGAGGUCCCCUGGAGGGAACAUUCAAAUUCUCUAGCCUACAUUUUCACUGGGAUUCAGAACACACGAUCGACCUGGAGCGUUUUCCCCUUGAAAUGCACAUGGUCUUCUACAACCAGGAGUACGGCUCAGUGCACAAGGCACAAUUCCAGCCGAAUGGUUUGGCCGUACUGGGACACUUUUUCGAGGUACGUUCUGGAUCCGCAACGCGACGGUGGAUUGAUUCGCUGAAGUCGGUGAAAAAGGCAGGGACCAAGUACACCUUCGUACAUCCAAAUUAUAUGAAUUUGGAGAAAAUUAUCGGCAGAAAAGUGAAACCGUACUUCUACUAUCCGGGAAGUUUGACAACUCCACUUUGUUACGAGACGGUGUCGUGGAUCGUGCAGAAGGAACCACUGACGAUCAGCUCAGCUCAGAUGAAGUUGUUCGAUGCGUUGAAAGCAAAGCAUGGCUACAUGAGGGGUAACUACAGACCUUUGCAAGAUUUGAAUGGAAGAAGUGUUUUGUUUUAUGAAAAUUGA